AAGUCGCGCGUGAAGUCCGUCACGCCCACGCCCACGCCCACGGCGGCGGCGGACGAUGAGGGCGACGGCGACGGCGACCCGGCGCUGGCCUCGCUGCCCGCCGCCGACCACCGCUUCGGCUCCCCUGCGCACAUCGCACAAAUGCAAGAAGGUCGGGAGUGUAACCGUAGUUCCACUGGAGGGAGGGUCGGGGGUGGCAGCGUAGCCGGUGCGAGGCAGCGCAGAGCGCUGGUACCUCGUCCGCUGAGGCAGUCGAGCGAGUGGCAGCCGUCCUCGGAGUGGCUGGACCAGCUGCUGCCCCCGGGCGACGCCAGCCCCAGCGCCAGCGCGCGCCUCUCCAUGUCCGCCUCCAGGAGCAGCAGCGAGGCCACGUCGGCCCCCGGCCCCGCCCCCGCCGCCCCCAGCAGGAACAGGCACUCGCACGCGUCCUCCUCCAGCUCCAGCGCCGGGGGCGGCGGCGGGGGCGGCGCGGGCGGCGGCAGG